CUCAAGGAUAAAAGUAGAGGCCCCAUCGCGCCUAACCGGGUUCGCUCCGUGACUCGCAGAUAUACCUCGUUCGAGAACGGGCAUGGCCCCGUGCUGGGGCCAGGGAUUGGGCGGAUUGGCGGAUCCAGCGCCAGCGACGCGAUUCCCUUUUGA